AUGAACAUAAUUGUUGGAAUUGUUCUAUUCAUAUUUGCUGCUGGUACAGCUAAUGGACAGGAUUCAGUGAAUAGUGUUGCAGUAAUUUUGGAUUUGUACAAUGAAAAGUUGAAUUUCUUUGAUCUACUAUCGCCCAGUGGACUUGACGAGCUGCGUCGUUCUACAGAAAAUAUAACACUGGAGACUUUCGAAAAGCUGCAAUAUGCUCGAAUAUCGUUUACAUCGCUGAGUGGUGAAAUUCUCAAAUGGUGCACAUCCUUAAAUAAUACAGUGGUAGUGGAGGACAUCAAUCUGGAUUCAAGUACGGAAGACUUUAUCUUAAAAUAUCAUGUGACCGAUGAAUUGAAGAAGAUGGAAGCAUAUUACGAUACAAUAAAAAUGAAUGGCAUAGAGCCAAAAGCUGUUGAAGACUUGGGCGUGUUGAUUACAAUUAAGGGCGAUGUUCUUAAAAUGGAAAUCACUGAAGGUCAUAUAACGGAUCACGUAGAGCAGCUGCUGUUUGCCUAUCUGCCGAAAUUGAAAGAGCAAGGUAAAAUUAAGGAAUAUAUUGUGACAACCACAUUUGCUGGCGAAAUAGGCUAUGCCAAGCGGCUAAUUAACGAAUCGCUUGCUCUAAUUGAGGCUGGCACCACUUACGCUUAUACUAGAAACGAUUUAAUCGCCAAGUGCAAACCUAUUCUGGCUAACGUGACAGCUCCACAACCGAUGAGAACGCGGCUUCGCUCAAUCGUCAUAUCAAAGGAAGACAAGUUAGUUUUAACCAACACAAAGACAUCAUCAGUCUGUCAAGCUGUUCUAUCCAAAUCGAGUGUAUCUCAAUUAAAAAUGUACUACCAGGAUGAAAAGUAUAUUGCAAACUUUUUCGACAAAAUCAAUGGAUCCGGUGUGCAAGAGUGCAAAAGUCAAAUGACAACGUUUAUACGUAAUUCUUAUUUAUCAUGGGGCUAUCUAAUAAUGACAGAUUCGCAGCUUAUGAAAAUUUCUAUUCUACAAUCCAAGCCAGGCUCAAAUCCUAAUGUUACUAUUGAAAACUAA